AGACGACCCGACUUAUGGGCUUGUGAGCAGGCUUUGUGGCCUAGUAUUCUGUGUCACGCUGUUGAGGAACGCUUGGCUGAACCUGUCUGCCGAACGAAUACGACUUCCUGCACUAUCAACAACGCUCCAACGGCUGUGCAAAGACCAAGAGACUCUAUGAGACGCUGCUUCGAGAUGUGCUGCAUGACUCAAUCAUGAGCUGGAAAGUCCAAGCGAAGCGUGACGGCCUGGAACGGUCCAAGGAAGCCGAUUUCUGCCACAUUUGUGGGCAAAACUGUGCACCGCACUCAGGCUCAAUCUUGGGCAAUGCCAGCGGUCGUGGGUCUGCGUCCCUUCCAGGGUCGGCGUCCGGCACCCCUGUGCCUGUGGACUUGGGCACCGCGACCGGCACGCCAAGCAGGGUAGGAACACCUGGACCUACGAGCAACUCAGCUGGGAACCCUCUCAAGCCGGACAUAUACGCCCAAAAUCCGCUCUUCGAAUGCAUCGUUUGCUCGCGACAGGUGUCAUCAAAUCGCUAUGCUGUGCACCUUGCCAAAUGCUUGGGUAUCGGCGGCAAGGAAAAGUCCGUGCGCAAAGCUGGCAGUGGCCUGGCAAGUUCCACGGCCAGCGAUGCAGGAGGUGUGCAAAAUUCACUCCUGAAUAAUCCCAGGGUGAUCGGUGUGCUGGAGCAACGGAAGCGGACCAAGGCUCCUGAUGCAAAACUUCGGGCCGCAAGAGGGGAGAACAUGGAAAAGGGAAAGGGAAAAAAUAAAGUUCUCAAUGCCAACGGAAAGCGAGCGCUCUCGCCUGGAGUUGCUAUGGGUGCGCAUUGGAAGAAGAUGAAAACACAUACGCCACCUCCGGGCAGUACAACCCCGCGCGAGGACACCGGCAUGGUCAGAAGCCAAUCUGUUCAAGUCGUCUCGAUGUCGCACUCCUCUACUGCACCGAUGUUCGCUUCACCAUUGAACCCCAACAAGCGCGCUAAUAUCACAGCUGAUGACACGACAGGUGUGAGCGAGCGCGAAGUAUCGCCGUCCAUAUCCGUCAGCACCACCGCAGGAGAUAUGUACGACGCAUCAUCAUCGGCUGCGUGGAACCACAGUGGUAAAACAGGGACUGCAAAGGAAAGAGGCAAUGCUGUUGGGACUGCAGCCAGAAACCGAGUGUCUGUUGCUUCAGGGGCCGCAGGUGGUCCCAAGAAUUUCGUCCACAAGCCUGGAAAUGCCGUCGCUUCGGGCUCAAGGGCGGCAUCGGCCAUGUCGGACGACUCGCCUUUAAAAAAUAAGAAGUCGAAAGCGAUGGGAGAUGCGGAGAGUGAUAGUGAAAGUUAUCAUGAAACAGACUCAGAUGUGCUGAGUGGUGGAGAUGUGGAAGAAGAGAGUGAGAUGAGCGAGGAGAGCAGCCUUGAUGAUUGAGCAAAGCUUCAGCCAUCGUGGAUGGCGCGGUAACCACAGACAUGAAAUGUAUACUCCUACGCAAUUCGCCGCGCACCAGUGAGCCGUCCCGACGACGGCUCACCGAGGUUUCUCAUUCAAUCGCAUUCGAAUUUAC